AUGGCCCAGUUGAUCUACGAUGACCAGCAAGAAAAUGGCCCCUUUCAUUCCAUGCAGCGCUUUGCCGAACUUGUGGGGCAAGCGAAAAUCGUAGGUGAUGAGGAGUUCGAGCACACAGUACGAGGGAGAGAGCAUCCUGCUCGCUUGACCGUGCAGGCAAUACGUCUCUUCCUGAAUUCGGAACUCGAGUCCCUACGAAAAGGACUGGAGGCCGCAUUCCGUGUCCUGGACUACGGGGGACGCUGCCUCGUCACCACCUUCAAGCGCAAGGAGGAGAUGGUUGUCCGGAGAUUUGUUGCGAGCUUCGAGGACCCUGAUGAGGCCACUGUCGCAAGAAUCAAGAAGAAAAGACGGCUGGUGGAGCUCUACCCUCUCUGCGGGACGGAUCUGGACUACUCCGUGCGAUUGAUUUCUCUCCCGCUGAAGCGGGGCAGCUCAGGGCCCCGGGCUGCCUGGGCUGUUCUUUCAAUUUCUUUCAAUUUCCGUCAACACAUUGCAUUUGCACACCAAAGUCACCAAAGAGGGCGUUUCAAGUUCUAUGAUUCAUCGCAUUGGCCAUCAUUGGCACGUAUCCAAGGAGCAUCAUAUCGGGACGUCAGGGUAUUCACUCGAUCAUGA